AUGGAGGACGGUCAGAAGGUUGUUCUCAAGAAAGUAGAAACAGCGACGCAAGAGAUUCCAUUUGCCACGACGUUUUCCUCAAAAGAGUGGAAGAAGGAUCCCAGGAACUGCUGUGUUCCGAUAUUGGACGUCAUCAUGAUCCCAUGCGACGAUGACCAUGCUUUCAUCGUGAUGCCUCAGCUUUUAGCCUUCCAUCUGCUUCCAUUCAGGUUUCUUGGAGAAUUUUGCGAGUUUGCCUUACAAGUAUUGCAGGGACUUGAGUUCCUACAUGACCAUAACAUAGCUCAUGGGGAUAUUUGCUGGGGUAACAUAAUGAUGGACCCUUCAAAGGUCAUCCCUAAGGGGACACAUUUUGUUCUUUGGCAAUCUCAUACAGGGAAGCCAUUCAAAAAGUUUGAAUGGAAGACACGGUGGUCUGUGAAGCCUGUUCAAUACUACAUCAUUGAUUUUGGAAUUUCUAUGAAAUGCCUGGACAAAGAUGCUCAAGGCUUGGGGCAAUGGGGUCAAGACAAGACUGUACCAGAAAUGCUGAAGAACGAAUGGUGCAAUCUUCUUAUGGUUGACAUUUACCAGUUGGGAAAUGUGUUCAAACAAUGCCUCUCGACUUACCAAGGCCUCGAUGCCUUUGCUGAACUAGCUGACGCUAUGACGAAGCAGAAUCCAAAUGAACGGCCCACUGCUGCGGAGUCUGUCCGCAUGUGCAAGAAGAUUAUCGCUGACACGACAGGAACGGAUAAUAUGACCAAUCGCGUAUGGAAGAUCAAAAGACUAGUCGAUGGAAAGUUAGGCUCUGGCUUAAUGCUUACAAAACUUGAGAGGAUGAGAGUCAGAUGUGGAUGGAAUCCUACCAUUUGA